GUUUCACCUAUAGUGUCUGCGCCGAUUUUACUGAGUCACUGAGCGGCGGCGGACGGGAAUGAAGAAGACAUUUAAAAAAGACUGCGCUGACUACCACCAGUGAAAUAACCGCGUUAACGGUGGUUGUUUCUUACGCUCACUCCAGCAACCAAUGGCUCGUCGUAAACUUCCCUCUGUUUGCCCACAGGCUGGCGAUGGAGGAUCAAAGCGCAAAGGCAGGAGACGGUCGUCCAGAAAUACUGAAUCCGAUGUGCUGUGUGAUGGACAAGACAAUGUUCCAAGAUAUGUUCAACUCAGCAAACAUAAACGGCUUGAUAAACGGUUUCAACCAAACAGACCAGUCAUUUGGCCUGUGAAAUCUGCUACAAUGAGAGCUAAGGCUUCAUCCAGAAUUAAAGAAUUAGCUAAGCCAAAGUCAAUUCAUAAAGACAGCAAUCUAACUUACACUGAGGGCAAGUCAAAGACUGCUAAGAGAGGCAAAAAAUCAAGAAGAAAUAAAGAAUCCAUCGUUUACGCUGAAGUACCAAGAUUCAUUUAUCUCAGUGAGCCCAAAAAGCUGCCUGAAGACUACCUGAUAAACAGAUUAUCACCGAUCUGGCCUGUGAAACGUCAAGCAAUGAGAGCUCAGCCCAGUUCCAGAAUUCGUGAACUUGCCAAACCAAAGCAGCUUCAUAAGGAUUGGCAGCCAAGCAAAUCAGUUUAUUCUACAACCCCAAUGGGUGAUGAAAUGAUGUAUGACAUAGUCUCAAGUCGAACAGAAGAGCUCGCUAAGCAUAAAACCUACUAUGAACCACCUACCCGAAAAUCCUACCUGUGGGACUACCCUUUCUGGGAUCAUCAGAUCAGCGAAGAAGCAAAAACCAUAUCACCAACUGAAAGGAUUGUGGAAUUAGCAAAGCCUAAAGGAGAUUACGCAGGGUACGUUCCCAGUAGAUUAGUGGAUGAACCUGUAUCUGAUGCUGCAAUGAGCUACCUAGCCACAGAAAGAAUUGGAGAACUUGCUAAACCAAAGAUCCGUGCUGUAGCAACCAAGUCUGAAAAUCCCUUUGAAAUAUCAGAGUUUGCUAAAAACGCUGUUGCAACUCCUAGACUUGAACAACUUGCUCUUCCACUCCCUAGAAAAGUGACACGCAAGAAACUUUGAUAAAGUCAUCUUGUCUAAGUGUUUCUCAUAUUUUCUUAAUUUAGUACCACCCACUUUCACUGUCAAAUAUCUCACUGCUGUUGGUUUGGUUAGCUCAUAGCUUCGGGUUAGCCCACUUAAUGAGAGUAAGUAAAGUUUCACAAAUUCAAAGUUUAAUCCUACAAAUAGCGUGAAGAAAAUCAAGCAAAUCUGAUUUGUAGACAUGAGGCUGAUCGCGGGUUGAACAUCUUUACUUCCUCCUUUGAAGUGUUCAGAUCAUUUCAUUAGGCUUUCUCCCAACAGCAUGUUGUAUCAGAUUUGAACCUCUUCAUAUUGAACCCUCUAGAAGCAAAAUAUAGUUUCCAUGAAACUGAUGGAAGAGUGGUGCGACUUGAGAGUCCAUUUUGGUUAGCUGCAUUUAGCUGAACUUCUGAAGUUGUUGUACAAUUUUCACAUAAGCAACGGAAGAAAGUUUUGCCUCACUGAUAUUUUGACAUCAAACCCUGUCUGGUCUGCUAAUGUAGGAAUUGAUUGUAAGUUUCAUUUAAUUUAGGAAUUACACCAAAAUUUGAUUAACUUAUAUUCAUGCCAGUAGACCUUAAUUGAGAUCAAUUUAAAUUUUAACUUUAAAAAACUUAAGCAAUAUUUUCCUGCUUCUAAAAACAAAAACAAAUCCAUUCUGAUGAAAGGUAUUGAGAUCUGAAACCCUGAGAGGAAUCUUUUUGAGGUGUCUAUCUCAUCCUCCAGCUGGCCCAUCAAAAAGAAGACCGCAAUGCCCAUUCCAGGGAAGCCUCGUCCAACCUCAAGUCAGUCAGGCAGUGUUAAGGCGACCGGCAGGCCUUCCAUGGAACCAAGACCCCUGGUGAUGGAGAAAUCUUGCCUACUUGUUCAAGUGUCCUUCCAUUGACAAGUUGACCACAGUGUUUUAGCAAUCACACUUGCGUAUGGCAGACGGGUUAACCUGUAGCUGGAAUAAUUCCAGUGGUGGUGGCAUGAAGGCCUUAAUUGUUCGUUAACUGGACUCAAGUGCUGCAGUUGGCACUGGUAGCCGGCUGAAGGAGGACGGCGGCUCGGUGACGUCGUCUCGGCCCGACAUUUUGAGGAUCAGCAGAUCCUUCUAUGCCGGACUGUACGACACGAAGCCCACAGACAGCACAGCCUCCGAGUCGUUCCUGUCG